AAGGUUUGGCAAUCUCGUGCCAAUUAAAGGCGAGGAUGACUACCAGAACGACUGUUGCUGAAACUACAAGUAGAAGUAUCAAUUCAAAGACAAAGAGCAAUGCUGAUAAUAUUGACAUUACGAACGAGGAAUAUCGUGUCUCGAAGUCACGUUAUUGCUACAGAGAGAAAUGGGCAUGGGUUCAGAUGAUUUUGAUCAUAUUUCUUGAAAAACUGUUUGAAAUAUCUGCUAUCUUCAUUUCGCGUCGACCUUUACGAGUAAUAUUUUGUUGUCUCCUUGUCACAAUUGGCCUAACGUGUGGUUUUGUAAUGUUAAAAGUUGACAAAAAUGUGAAAUAUUUGUACCUACCCGAGAACAGUGAAGCAUCACAGGAUAUAAAAGAGGCGAAAAGUCUAGGGUUUGAACUCGAAGUACGACAAGAAGAAGUGGUUAUUUUGCCUAAACAUGACAAAUCCGUUCUGUCGCAAGAAUGUUAGGCAGAAAUGAUCGAUUUACACAACAUUAUUACAGAUAUAGAUCACUACGACGAACACUGUUAUAGGAAAAACUUGAAUAGAAGUUGUGCCUCAACAAACCUGUUAGAAGUUUUCGAUUAUCAAAAGGAAAACUUGAUUGCCAAUAUUACACAACGUAUCCAGACCGUUCUACAAAACGAUGCUUUUCUUAUGGCCAAUGGCAGAAGACUCGUCGAUAAUUUUAAUAAAAUGUUUGGAAAUAAUGCCUCCGACGAUUCACUUCAUUCCACAAAUGCGCUGAGAAUGGUUUACUAUAUGAAAGAAUAUGAUAGAGAUGGAGAGGAGAAGAAGAGCAUUUUGGAUUGGGAAAGUAUUUUCCUGAAAAAAGUAUCAUCAUUUUCAGAAAACACUACCUGUGCGAAUAUUUUUUAUGCUGCAGAAAGAAGCUUGGACGACUCUGUAUCAGAAAGUACUGGUUCUGAUAUUAAGUUUUUCGCAGAAACAUUUGUGACCCUCCAUGGGAAAACAAACAUUGACGCUUUUCCGUUUAAAUGGGCAAAAAAACGGAUUACAAACGGCUAGUAAACGGAUGCCGUAAAGCGUUUUCACGCUUCGUUAAAACGUUAAAACGGUUCGAUGAAAAAAUUUAACGCUUUCAAGAAAGCGUUUUUACGCUUUGGAGAAAGCGUUUGGACGGAUACGAAU